AUGAAGUUCUCUGCAAUCACUUUGAUAUCUGGCGCUUUGAUGUCCCUCUCUGGUUUGUCUAUGGGUGUUUUUGCCUGCCCCAUCAAGCAUGACUCUAGCAUCGUUCAUGGAAAGACCUUUGAUCGUGUGGUUAUCAUUGUUCUCGAGAACACUGAUUUUGAGACUGCUGCUGCUGACUCCUAUUAUGCUUCAUUGGCAGAGAAACACAAUGGCGUCCUCUUGACCAACUAUCUUGCUAUUACCCAUCCUUCUCAGCCCAAUUAUAUCGCUAUGAUCACUGGGUCAGUUGAAGGUGUCUACAGAGAUACUAUGGCUAACCUUGAUCGUCGUUCGCUCGUUGAUCUUAUGGAGGCAAAGGGAAUUAGCUGGAAGUCUUACCAGCAAGCAUAUCCAGGAUCUUGCAACCUUGAUAUGCGUAUCUCUACAUACGCACGUAAACACAAUCCUUUUAUGUCCAUGGUUAAUGUCCAAAAAGAUCCCAAAUUGUGUGCCAAGAUUGUCAAUGCUGAUCAGCUUGAUAUUGAUAUCGCAAACAAUGAUGUUCCUCAGCUCGUCUUUUAUACUCCUGAUAUGAACAAUGAUGCUCAUGAUACCUCUAUGAGCUAUGCUGGAAACUGGCUUAAAAGCUUUAUCGAGCCUCGUAUUAAUCAAACUGCUUUCAACAAGAAUACUAUGUUUGUUACCACAUUUGAUGAAAACCACACCAAAGAGAUUCCCAACAGAGUCAUGACAUUCCUCUUUGGCCCUGACUUUAAGCGUUCGUCUACUGGUUCCAGCGAUGAUACCGCUUACAACCAUUACUCUCUCUUGAGAACAAUUGAAGAUAAUUGGGAGCUUGGCAAUCUUGGACAGAACGACGCUACUGCUGUCCCUUUUGAUAUUUAA